AUGGCCCAGGCCAAGAUCAGCGCUAAAGCCAGAGAGGGGAAGCAGGGGGGGCCGCUCCACGGGCGCUUCUUCCGCUCCACCUCCAUGGCCGACUGCUCCAGCCGCCUGCUGCAGAACCUGGACCAGCUGGAGCUCAGGGUUGAAGCCUUGCGUGAUGCAGCAUCUGCUAUGGAACAAGAAAAAGAAACCCUGCUAGAAAUGAUCCACAAUAUACAGAACAGCCAAGAUAUGAGGCACAUUAGUGAAGGUGAAAGAGAAGAACUUAGCCUGACUGCCAGUCGUCUAAUGGGUCGAACUCUCACUGUUGAGGUUUCUGUAGAAAAGUUGCAUGCCACAAGGAUGAUUGAUGAAGUAGUCAAUAAACUUCUUGAUGAUCUGGAAGAUUCUAAAAAUCGUUUAAUAUCACUUUAUGGUGCAUGCAUAUCUGAAGUACCAUCUGGGCCCAUUGAUCAGAAAUUUCAGUCUGUUGUAAUUGGAUGUGCUAUUGAAGAUCAAAAGAAAAUCAAAAGGAGACUAGAGACUCUGCUUAGAAAUAUAGAAAAUUCUGAAAAGUCAGUCAUGUUGUUAGAACAUCCAAAAUCAACUGUACAACAGUUUUGCAACAACAAAUAGGAUUAAAUCAAUACCAGCUAUUUUGGCAGAUCAAAAUUCAGUCUCCAUAAAGAGUGCAUGGAACACAAAGAAAAAUGUUACUUUUUAGUAUUGAACUAAUAGUACUUUAGAGUGCUGGGUGCAAACACUAAGGCUAUGUCUACACUCGCGUCUUCUUGUGGGAGUAAUAUGCAAAUGAGGCUAA